GUGUGAUUUGUUUGGUGUUCUGAGCCAAUAGAAACUCCAGCCUGUGAUAAUAUCCCCAUGCAGCGCCUAGAGGACUCAGUGCUGUCUCCAGCUCCUUCCACAUCUGCAGGCGCGGCCAGGACGCGCGCUCCGCCCUCUCCGCGCUCCGCUAGGCUCCGCUGGCUCCGCACACCCUCUGCUUCUUCCCCGGGCCUCCUGCAGAACCAGGCUCUGGCUGCCCCAGACGAUCCGGCGCACACCCCGCUGUGGAUCUUGUCAUUCACCCAGAGGAGAGGGACAGGGAGAGAGACACAAGGGAACUGAGGAAGAGGCUUCCAUCUCGUCAUUGCAGGAUGUUCUGGAAACUCUCACUGACCUUGCUCCUGGUGGCUAUGCUGGUAAAGGUAGCUGAAACACGGAAGAACCGGCCUGCGGGCGCCAUCCCCUCGCCUUACAAGGAUGGUAGCAGCAACAACUCCGAGAGAUGGCAUCACCAGAUCAAGGAGGUGCUGGCCUCCAGCCAGGAGGCCCUGGUGGUCACCGAGCGCAAGUACCUCAAGAGUGACUGGUGUAAGACGCAGCCUCUGCGGCAGACGGUGAGCGAGGAGGGGUGCCGCAGCCGCACCAUCCUCAACCGCUUCUGCUACGGCCAAUGCAACUCCUUCUACAUCCCGCGACACGUGAAGAAGGAGGAGGACUCCUUCCAAUCCUGCGCUUUCUGCAAGCCCCAGCGUGUCACCUCUGUCAUUGUGGAGCUCGAAUGCCCGGGUCUCGACCCACCUUUCCGAAUCAAGAAAAUCCAGAAGGUGAAGCACUGCCGGUGCAUGUCCGUGAACCUGAGUGACUCGGACAAGCAGUGAACUCACAGGGGGCAGGAUGCAGCUCAGCUUUGAGCACCCUUACCCCUGGGUUGCACCACCGCCACUUCUGUUGAGCUCACUCACACUCUGCCCGGUGUCCCAGUCAGCAGCAAAUGUGUCUCUUAGGGCUAACAGUGUCCUUGUCACAAAUGAGGACCACAAGUGAAGCUUUGUAGACUCUCCCUGAUCCACCCCAGGCUACACUUGUGUCUCUAAAUCCACUUUGUGGAUCAGACACAGAAGAUGUUGGAAAACUCCACUCCCAGAAAAUCGACAGAACUUUUCAAGAGAUGCACUGUCAUCCGGGAUUAACGAUUCCACCAUGUGGAAAAGCCACAUCCUACACUCCAGCUUCACCCUUCCUCUGGUGAAGAAUGCACGACUCUUCUGUCGCAAACUUUUGUUAUUCACCAGACCUCUGUGGCGUGGACAUUCAUUCUUCUGACCUGGGAGCUGCCCAGCUCUGCCGCUGCUGUGAUGCCGAUGUGGGCAGCAUCUUUAAAGGAGAUGCUCACCUGCAAGGGGUUCCGGAACAAAUCUGGUACCCACGAGGACAAGCCAAACUAAGUGGAUCAGGAAAUGGACUACCCUAGGAACUGUACUGAGCAGGCAAGACUCUCCACACCUCUGGACACCACCUCUUUUUUCCUCCUCAUAGCCCCCAUCUGUAGCUCAAGAUAAACUCUGGUGCGCAUGCUAUUCCCACUACCAUGUUAUCACUCACAAGGUCUCUGUAUUAACGCCAGUCUUAUAAUUGACCUAUCAUGUUAAAAACAGUUAAAAGUAUUAUCAACAUAUUCAUAUAUCAAGUCACGUGUUUGGACUCUAGCUUAGCAGCACCAUUCUGAAUAGGGAGUAGAGCGUCGAGUGACCUGUGGAAAAGUAUUUAACGGAGGAAAAACUGCCAGGUCAGCAAUUCACUGCCAUCCAUCCAUCCAUCCAUCUAUCAUCUAUCCAUCCAUCCAUACACACACACACACACUCACACACAUACACACACACACUUUUACUCCAGAUUGAACAGGGAGAUGGGACAUGCCAUGAUUUUACUUUUAAUAUGACAUCACAGGAGACACUAAAACAUUGUGGCAUAGUAUACAAAUCGAACUGGGACAGAGGUGUAUACAGAGGAGUUACUAGGAAGCUGUAAAGAUCGAAAGGCACAUGUGAGAUGAGACCUGGUACUGUUUUCACUGCCAUUACACUAAGCAAAAAAAUAAAAAAUGUUUCUUCUAUUAAAAGAUACGUAAGAAUAUAUGGUAUUGAGACAUUUUGUGACACAGGCAGAAAUAUAAAGCAAAUAUAGAGGGUAGUAAUGUAGGUGAACUAUCACUCAGAAGAGAGCUUCCUGUAUAAAGAAUAGACUCCUAAAAAUACCAAGAAACAUUUCAGUCAUCUUUGGUUCUGCUGAUGAGUUGUUGGAGUCUCUGUUGUGUGGUCUUUUGAUGUGAGGACUUUGAAAUAAUUUAUUUUCCUUCAAAAUGACACUCAAGUUCAAUCUCUUUGUGCAAUUGUCCUAGGUAGGCCUCCCUGUGAAUGACAUGUAUGGGAUCUGACAAAUGUGAAUGAGAAGCCAUUGGUGGGAAUAAGAAUGUGCUAAAACCCUUUGGUUGAUAAUUUCUGAGUCCAUGCUCUUGCCAAGAAUGGGUUUCCUAGUAUGUGAGAGAGACCAUCCCUAAGCUGCUCUGAGACUCAGGCUCCUGGAUACUCAGCAAUGAUGCUGGCUCUCCAGUCUGCUACCUGGAGGAGGGUGUGCCAUGAACUCUUUUGCCUGUAUUGCAAUGUAAGUUUUCUAAUUUAGUUACUUCUGCCACACAGUAUCCCUGAGUAUAGAUGGUGUGGUUUUGAAGGGGAUAUUAGCUUCAGAAAUGAGAGUGCACAGCCUGGAAUCAGGAGAGAGAAACAAGGAGGAAUGGAAAAAAAUCGCACAGGGCUGGAAACUCCAGGGAUGAAGGCAAAAAGUGAAGAGGGUGCCUGAGGUCAUUGCUACAAUUUUCACUUUUAGUAGAAAAUCUCAAGGUAGAGCCAGAGCAGAACAUGCAGCGGAAAAGCUGUGAAGGAGAGUUCUUGAGUGUCCUUAAUGGAAGAUGGUGACAUGUCACCAGAGGGUGGAUGGUGACAUGUCACCAGAGCGUAAGGAGAUUUUCACACCUAGCUGCAAAGCCAGACCAUGUCAUUCUAUUAAUGGGACCCACACAUUAACAGGGCAAGUUGAACUAGGAACCCACAAAGUAUAUACGUGAGCAAUCUUUUUUUUUUUUAUCCCAAUCGUGGGUGUACCCAUGAAGGCUAUAUGAUAUGCUGUGGUCUGAGGCUACUUCUUGGCUUAUUAUAUGUAUAAAGUUUACCUUCGAAUGGCUCAAAUUGUAUUUAAAUUGUGUCGUGUUUAUAAAUGAAGAAAAGCUAUAAGUAUAAUGUAAUUAUUUUAUGGGUAUACUAUUAAGUUAUAGAACAAAUAAAGAUACUCUAGGAUUCUAUGUGAUCCUGGCAUCACGUGCCAUAAAAGCUGAAUUCUGCACUUGUGUCCUUGGGUAGCAAAGGAUUGUGGUGCCCUCAGAGGGUAUUUAUCCAGCCUCUGGGCAUUCACCCUUGGCCCAUAUCACAAACGUUCCUUGGGGGCUUGGGAUCUUCUAGGAGAAUCAGAAGCAGGCAUCAAACAAGCAGAACUGGUGGGGAUGGCUCUCCAGUCUAUGGGAACUUCAAGCCUUUAUGCAGACACCCACCAGCUGAAUACAGAAUGUACUCAGAGUUUUCUUGGAAUAAGAAAUAGUGAAUGAGGAAGCUUUGAGAGACAGGUGCAAAGAAAAGACCACUGUAAGUCUCCUCUUCUCCCCUGUAGCCAGUGCACCACACUCAUGUCUUACAGAAGCCAGGGAUUGUGUUCUUUUGUUCUAUUUUAUGUUUACUUUCCACGGGUUUCAACAUUUCUUAAUUUAAACACAUCUCAGCCUCACAGUGUUGUCAGUUUUCCUGCAAACUGAGUUACCUGCCAUUUAAGACAUGCAGCAAUCAAUAAAAGAAAUAAAAACCUUGA